AUGCCAAUGGCUGGGAGCCUGACCUGGGCUCUCAGUAUGUUCUUGGUGUCCAGCGUGCAGACCAAAGCUGAGGCUGAGGCCCAGCGUGGACAACAUGCAUUUCCUUCAGACCUGCAAGAAAACAAUGACAUGUCACAAGAUGGAACAAAUAAAGCCAGUCAAGGAGGAAUAAUAUACAGUGACUAUCUGCAGUUGGAUAAAAUAAUAAAUGCUCAAGAACUACAAAGUGAAAAGAAUGGAAACAAAAUACAUGAUGAACAUCUAUUUAUUAUAACUCACCAAGCUUAUGAACUGUGGUUCAAGCAGAUUCUUUGGGAAUUGGAUUCAGUUCGUGCAAUAUUUGAGAAUGGUCAUGUGAGAGACGAAAGGAAUAUGCUAAAAGUGAUCUCAAGAAUCCAUCGAAUUGCAAUAAUCCUUAAGCUUCUGGUGGACCAGUUUGCAAUUCUGGAGACUAUGACAGCACUGGACUUCUUUGAUUUCAGGAAUUAUUUAGUACCUGCAUCUGGAUUUCAGAGCCUGCAAUUUCGUCUUCUGGAGAAUAAGAUUGGCGUUCCAGAGAGCCUGCGGGUUCCUUACAACAGAAAGCACUAUAAGGACAAUUUCAAAGGGAAGGACAAUGAGUUACUACUUCAAUCUGAGCUGGAACCAACACUAUUACUAUUGGUGGAGCAAUGGCUGGAGAGAACCCCUGGGCUGGAGCCAGAUGGAUUUGAUUUUUGGGGCAAACUUAAAAUCAACAUUGAAAGAGGACUGAGAGAGGAAUUUGCAAAUAUCCAGUCAAAGCCGGCAUUUGAAGGGAAGGAAGAUACGUUGUGGGAGCAUGACAAACACAAGGAAGUGCUUACAUCACUGUUCGAUGAGAAACGGCAUGAGCAUCUGCUGAGUAAAGGGGAACGGAGAAUAUCAUAUAAGGCACUGCAGGGGGCCCUCAUGAUUUACUUUUACAGAGAAGAACCACGUUUCCAAGUGCCAUUCCAGUUGUUGAAUUCACUCAUGGAUAUUGAUGCCCUUAUAACCAAAUGGAGAUACAACCAUGUUUGUAUGGUGCAAAGGAUGAUCGGAAAUAAAAGUGGCACUGGUGGUUCAUCCGGCUAUCAAUACUUACGUUCCACGAUGAGCGAUCGAUAUAAAGUGUUUGUUGACCUGUUCAACCUUGCAAACUUCUUGGUUCCAAGACAAUGGAUUCCAAAGCUGACCUCUUCAAUUCACAAAUUCUUACAUACUGCAGAGUGCUGUGAUAGCUCAUACUUCAGUGGUGAGGAAUCUGAUUAA